GCUCCGCAAGAUGGCGGCUGACAGUGAGCCCGAGUCCGAGGUAUUUGAGAUCACGGACUUCACCACUGCCUCGGAAUGGGAAAGGUUUAUUUCCAAAGUUGAAGAAGUCUUGAAUGAUUGGAAAUUGAUUGGAAACUCUUUGGGAAAGCCACUUGAAAAGGGUAUAUUUACUUCUGGGACAUGGGAAGAGAAAUCAGAUGAGAUUUCCUUUGCAGACUUCAAGUUCUCAGUCACUCAUCAUUAUCUUGUACAAGAAUCCACUGAUAAAGAAGGAAGGGAUGAAGUACUAGAAGAUGUUAUUCCACAAUCUAUGCAAGAUUUGCUGUGUAUGAAUAAUGACUUUCCUCCCAGAGCACAUUGCCUGGUAAGAUGGUAUGGACUCCGAGAGUUUGUGGUAAUAGCACCUGCUGCAAACAAUGAUGCUGUCCUCAGUGAAUCUAAGUGCAAUCUUCUUCUGAGCUCUGUGUCUAUUGCUUUGGGAAAUACUGGCUGCCAGGUGCCACUCUUUGUGCAAAUUCAUCACAAAUGGCGAAGAAUGUAUGUGGGUGAAUGUCAGGGUCCUGGUGUCCGAACUGAUUUUGAAAUGGUUCAUCUUCGAAAAGUGCCAAAUCAGUAUACUCAUUUAUCAGGUCUGCUGGAUAUCUUCAAAUCAAAGAUUGGAUGUCCUUUAACUCCAUUGCCUCCAGUUAAUAUUGCUAUACGGUUUACCUAUGUUCUUCAGGAUUGGCAGCAGUAUUUUUGGCCUCAGCAACCUCCGGAUAUAGAUGCCCUUGUAGGAGGAGAAGUGGGAGGCCUGGAAUUUGGCAAGUUACCGUUUGGUGCCUGUGAAGAUCCCAUUAGUGAACUCCAUUUAGCAACUACAUGGCCUCAUCUGACUGAAGGUAUCAUUGUGGAUAAUGAUGUUUAUUCUGAUUUGGAUCCUAUGCAGGCUCCCCACUGGUCUGUUAGAGUUCGAAAAGCUGAUAAUCCUCAGUGUUUACUAGGUGAUUUUGUCACUGAAUUUUUUAAAAUUUGCCGUCGAAAGGAGUCAACUGAUGAGAUUCUUGGACGAUCCACAUUUGAGGAAGAAGGGAGAGAAAUUGCUGAUAUAACUCAUGCUUUAUCAAAGUUGACAGAGCCUGCACCGGUUCCAAUUCAUAAAUUAUCAGUCUCUAACAUGGUGCACACUGCAAAGAAGAAAAUACGGAAACACAGAGGUGUGGAAGAAUCACCACUGAAUAAUGAUGUCCUCAAUACUAUUCUUUUGUUCUUAUUCCCUGAUGCUGCUUCUGAGAAACCAUUAGAUGGGACUUCUUCAACAGACAAUAGUAAUCCUCCACUAGAGAGUGAAGAAUAUAAUCUCUACAAUCAGUUCAAAUCUGCACCGUCUGAUAGUUUAACAUACAAGUUGGCUUUGUGUCUUUGUAUGAUCAAUUUCUACCAUGGAGGACUGAAAGGAGUGGCACAUCUCUGGCAGGAAUUUGUUCUUGAAAUGCGUUUCAGAUGGGAAAACAACUUUCUGAUUCCAGGAUUAGCAAGUGGACCCCCGGAUCUGAGAUGCUGUUUACUACAUCAGAAGCUACAGAUGUUAAAUUGUUGUAUUGAAAGAAAGAAGGCACGUGAUGAGGGGAGAAAGACAAGUCCUUCAGAUAAUGUGACUAAUACAUAUUCAGGGGAUGCUGGAAAAUCUGGAGAUCAGCUGGGGCCAGAUAAUUUGAGAGAGGCAGAUAAGGACAAAGGAGAGGUGGGAAAAUCAUGGGAUUCUUGGAGUGACAGCGAGGAAGAGUUUUUUGAAUGCUUAAGUGAUACUGAAGAACUUAAGGGAAAUGGACAAGAGAGUGGCAAGAAAGGAGGACCUAAGGAGAUGGCAAGUUUAAAGCCUGAAGGACGACUCCAUCAGCAUGGGAAACUCACACUGCUGCAUAAUGGAGAACCUCUCUACAUUCCAGUGACCCAGGAACCAGCACCUAUGACAGAAGAUCUGCUCGAAGAGCAGUCGGAGGUUCUAGCUAAAUUGGGUACAUCGGCAGAAGGGGCUCACCUCCGAGCGCGCAUGCAAAGUGCAUGUCUGCUCUCGGAUAUGGAGUCUUUUAAGGCAGCUAAUCCAGGUUGUUUUCUGGAAGAUUUUGUGAGGUGGUACUCACCUCGGGAUUACAUUGAAGAGGAAGUGGUUGAUGAAAAGGGCAACAUGGUUCUGAAAGGAGAAUUGAGUGCCCGAAUGAAGAUUCCAAGCAAUAUGUGGGUAGAGGCCUGGGAAACAGCUAAGCCAAUUCCUGCUAGAAGGCAGAGGAGACUCUUUGAUGACACACGGGAAGCAGAAAAGGUACUGCACUAUCUGGCAGUCCAGAAGCCGGCAGACCUUGCUCGGCACCUGUUACCCUGUGUAAUCCAUGCAGCUGUACUCAAGGUAAAGGAAGAAGAAAGUCAAGAAAACAUUUCUUCAGUGAAGAAGAUUAUAAAACAGAUAAUAUCCCAUUCCAGUAAAGUUUUGCACUUCCCCAAUCCGGAAGACAAGAAAUUGGAAGAAAUCAUCCAUCAAAUUACUAAUGUAGAAGCUAUAAUUGCCAGAGCCCGCUCACUGAAAGCCAAGUUUGGAACUGAGAAAUGUGAACAAGAAGAGGAAAAGGAAGAUCUUGAAAGGUUUGUGAGUUGCCUUCUGGAGCAACCGGAGGUGUUAGUCAUCGGUGCAGGCAGAGGACACGCUGGCAGGAUCAUUCACAAGCUGUUUGUGAAUGCUCAGAGGCUGACUGAGUCUUCUGAUGAGGCUGCAACCAUGACUCCAGCGGAGGAGGAACUGAAGAGGAUGGGCCCCCCAGAAGAGAAGAGGCAGAACUUGGCAGCAGACUUCCCUCCCCCCGCGGGCCGGGAACUCAUUUUGCGCACAGCCGUGCCCCGCCCUGCUCCCUACUCCCGGGCUCUGCCUCAGCGCAUGUACAGUGUUCUCACCAAAGAGGAUUUCAGACUUGCAGGUGCCUUUUCAUCAGAUACCUCCUUCUUCUAGCUCUUCUUGAGUCCCUUCACUUGUGGCUUCGGAGACAGUGCUGACCCCUUCUGUGGGAAGGAAGCUGUAUCAAUCAGAACCUGAGAGGCUGUCAAGAGGACCUGUCCUGUUCAGUGAUCAAGUCAUACCAGCAUCUGAGAGACUUUCUGAUGGGCUCCGUAGGAUCUUGGUGGGGGGCAGAGGAAUGGGCUUCAGCUCUUGAAAGAUUUCUGCUCCAAAGAGAUUGCCCUUGUUGGGGAGGGUGGUGGGGCAGGGAGGAGACUAAAAAACAGCAGCAGUUCUCUGUACUCACUCCCUCAAGAUUGCAUUCAUUUCUUCUCUGUGACUAUCCCAUAGGCUGUUGCCCUGCAUUCAUAGUCUGUAUGACCACUUAUGUUUAUUAGUAUCAAGUUUGCAAAGUGGAGUGGAGUAUCUGUUAACUCAGAUUUCCAGAUAUUUUGGUAGUAGCUUCUACUCCCAGAAUCUGUGUUUUUAGAAUCCUGAAUGACAUUCUGUUUAUUCAGUCACUUGGUGGCAAUCUUUAUUGCACUAAUUAACUUUUGAUGAGCAUUUUGAAUAUUCUAGGAGAAAGCCUGAAAUUUCACCUAGUCUGUGUUUUUCCAUGUAACUGUGACUUAAAUGUAUUCCUUCUGAUUAAAAAAAAAAUAUAUAUAUUAAAUGUCACUGCAAAUUAGUUUUAUAUAUCUCUUGUAAGGUUUGUUUCUCUGACUUGUUUUGCCUUCAGUGGACUUCCGUGGUGGCCCAGUGGUAAAGAAUCUGCUUGCCAAGCCAGGACACCCGGGUUCAGUCCCUGAGUCAGGAAGGUCCCCUGGAGAAGGAAAUGGCAACCUACUCAAAUAUUCUUGCUUGGUGGGCUGCAGUCCUUGGGGUUGCAAAAGAGCUGGACACAACUUAGUGACUAAACAAUGACAGCAAGCCCUGUAAGAUACCACCAAUGCAGGUUGUUGUUCUUUCUUGCUGUACAGCAUGCAGUCCUUUUUUUGUAGUUACUGGAUGGAUACUGUAUUUAAUGAAGUAGAAAUGAGCACAUGCUAAAAAUAUAGCCUCUGUAUAUAGAGAUUAUCGUGCAGUUAGUAUAAUUUGGCAUAUGUGCUAAUAUAAUGAAUAGAAGAUAACUUCAGUGAAUUAUUUUGCUUUUGUAUUUUACUUGAAGAUAAUUGAUGGGGGAUGUGUGGCAACCAGUGUAAGGAUAACAGCAACAUAUUUCUAGUUACGUGAUGAUCAAGAUUUAUCAAGUCUGUGUUGCUAAAAUGGCCUCUGUUCAGUAAUCUUAAAUCUAUUUUUAGGCCUAAAAUUCCCACCGUACUCCAAAGUUAAAAAUGGUUAUACUGAAGCAUAGGUCUUGGCUAUGUAACUUAAAAGAAUUAAUACAACUCUGUAAGCCUUGUUACAUUAUUUUUGUAAAAACAAAUGUAAAUGUGUAUACAUAUAUGUAUAUAUAAGCAUAUAUAUAUAUAUGUAUGUAUGAGAUGUGGGAGUCCCUGAUUGAUUACCUUCACAGCACUUUACUCUGAGAUGCUGGACUUUGCUUCUGGGUAAACUACAUACUACAGGCCCGAAGACUGAGCGCAGUACCAAGUAUUAAUGGAAAGCUUGUCUUUCAAGGACAGAGUUUGUCUGCUUUAUAAUGAGAAAGUUAACAACAAAGAAAACAUUUUUCAAAGUGGUUGAACUUCGAAAAGGCUUCAUGAAUCUAAUAAAAGGGAAGGUGGUGU